CGCAAUAGAGAAUCCAUCUCUGCAGGAUAGCCACAAACCAUAACCUCAGCAAUAUUUGUUUACAAACAAAAGGACCUUGGAGCGUGAAUGUUUCGGUUUGUUAAUUCGUUUUAUUUUUGUGAAAAUGGAAACUAAAUCGCCCUAUUUCUCCCCGAAGAAAACGCGUAACUUCGUGAAACAACACCAACAGAACCUCCAUACUACCCUUCUUCAGAAAACCGUCGAUCAAGCUAAAACCAGCACAUCAGUUGCCUCAAAAUUAUCCAGAAAAGGAUCUGCACAAGAUGUACCUCAGAUCAAAAUAGAACCUACAUUGAAGAGGAAAACAGCGCGCCCGCGGAAGCACGUUAAAAUUGAGACGAAUGAGGAUAAACUAACACCCCAUCAUACCGCAGAAAAGACACCGGAGAAACAGAGGACCGUACCUCUCUCGCCUGGGAAAGGAUCCCUCGUUAAAAUCAAACAGGAACCAAAAACGGAAGAAUGUGAUGAUUCAAAAUGGGAGCCAAACAAUUGGCGCCUAAUGUUGGAAAACAUCCGCGAAAUGAGACAAUCGAAGUCGGCACCCGUCGAUACCAUGGGUUGCGACCAAUUCAGAAAUGAUGAUAAAGUGCUACCUAAAACUAGUCGCUUCUACACGUUGGUCUCAUUGAUGCUUUCCAGUCAAACCAAGGACCAGGUUAACUUUGAAUGCAUGCAGCGCCUCAAGAAGCAUGGACUCACACCGGAGCAUGUUGUAGCUACGGACACAGAGGUGCUAGAGAAGCUCAUCUAUCCAGUCAGCUUCUACAAGAACAAGGCAAAAUUUAUCAAGCAAACGGCACAUAUCCUUCUCAAUGAGCACGCUGGCGACAUCCCUGACUCCCUCGAAGGACUACUAAAGCUGCCGGGUGUGGGUAAAAAAAUGGCUCACCUAUGUAUGCGCUCGGCGUGGAACGUUGUGACCGGUAUCGGAGUCGACACCCACGUUCAUCGCAUCUCCAACUGGCUCCGCUGGGUACCCCAAGAAACCAAAACACCCGAGGAUACACGGGUUGCCCUCGAGAAGUGGCUUCCGUUCGAGCUGUGGGAAGAAGUCAACCAGCUGAUGGUUGGAUUCGGACAAACCGUUUGCACUUCGAACUAUCCGCGAUGCGACGAGUGUCUCAAUGCGGAUAUUUGUCCCGCCAGAGGAAAACACGGCAUCCGGAGGACGCCCGUUAAGAAGGAGAUUAAGCCGGAACAGCUGGAGUUUUGAGUUUUGAGGAUAUUUUUUAGUGUAAGUUCCUCUAUUAUUAUUAAUGUUAUCUUGAAAAAAAGAAUAAAGCUUAUAAUUAGAAUUUGUAUGGCAUU